UGGAGGCUUGUGAAGGCGAGGGAGCUUGGAUGCGUGUCCGGAUGGUGUGACGCGUGUGGCGAGGACGCAUCCAGGAUUUUUUAAAACUUCAUUUUAUUAAGAUUUUAGUAGAGUUUUAAGGAAACUCUUACUGGAGUAUUCAAGAAGUCGUGUACAUAUUUUAAAUAAAAAUGGGACGCGGAGAAGGACGGGAACAAUAUGAGCUCGCUGCGACCUCCGAGCAGGGGGGCAAGUCGGGCAAGAAGGGCAAGGCGAAGAGGGAGGCGAAGGAGAGGGAUAUGGACGAGCUGAAGAAAGAGGUUGACUUGGAUGACCAUAAACUGACGCUUGACGAGCUGAACCGCAAAUAUGGCACUGACCUGACCAGGGGAUUGACCUCUGCGAAAGCGAAAGAGAUCCUUGCCCGUGACGGCCCCAACGCCCUCACCCCGCCCCCCACCACCCCAGAGUGGGUGAAGUUCUGCAAGCAGCUCUUUGGAGGUUUCUCCACUCUGCUGUGGAUCGGAGCCAUCCUCUGCUUCCUGGCCUACGGCAUCCAGGCCGCCUCCGAGGACGAACCUGCAAACGAUAACUUGUACUUGGGAGUCGUGCUGUCUGCUGUCGUGAUGAUCACUGGAUGCUUCUCAUACUACCAAGAGGCCAAGAGUUCAAAGAUCAUGGACUCCUUCAAGAACCUGGUCCCUCAGCAAGCCCUUGUUCUGCGUGACGGUGAGAAGAUGAGCAUCAACGCCGAGGAGGUGGUUGCUGGAGAUCUGGUGGAGGUGAAGGGUGGAGACAGGAUCCCUGCUGACCUGCGUAUCAUCUCUGCUCAUGGCUGCAAGGUGGACAACUCUUCCCUCACUGGAGAGUCUGAGCCACAGACUCGUACCCCCGACUUCUCCAACGACAACCCCCUGGAGACCAGGAACAUUGCUUUCUUCUCCACCAACUGUGUCGAAGGUACUGCAAGAGGUAUUGUCAUCAACACUGGUGAUCGCACUGUGAUGGGCCGUAUCGCCACCCUGGCCUCUGGCCUGGAAGUGGGCCGCACCCCCAUCUCCAUCGAGAUCGAGCACUUCAUCCACAUCAUCACGGGCGUGGCCGUCUUCCUGGGUGUCUCCUUCUUCAUCCUGUCCCUCAUCCUCGGCUAUACCUGGCUGGAGGCCGUCAUCUUCCUCAUCGGUAUCAUUGUGGCCAACGUGCCCGAGGGUCUCCUGGCUACUGUCACUGUGUGUCUUACCCUGACUGCCAAGCGUAUGGCCAAGAAGAACUGCCUGGUGAAGAACUUGGAAGCCGUGGAAACUCUGGGCUCCACCUCCACCAUCUGUUCUGACAAGACCGGAACCCUGACCCAGAACCGCAUGACUGUCGCCCACAUGUGGUUCGACAACCAGAUCCACGAAGCCGACACCACUGAGAACCAGACAGGAACCUCUUUCGACCGCACCUCCGCUACCUGGACUUCACUUGCACGUGUGGCUGGCCUGUGCAACCGUGCUGUCUUCCUGGCAGACCAAGAAGAGGUCCCCAUCCUUAAGAGAGAUGUUGCUGGUGAUGCCUCCGAGUCCGCCCUGCUGAAGUGCAUUGAGUUGUGCUGUGGCUCGGUGAGGGAGAUGCGAAACAAGCACCCCAAGAUUUCAGAAAUCCCCUUCAACUCCACCAACAAAUACCAGCUCUCCAUCCACAAGAUCCCUGGUGGCGAGACCAAGCACUUACUGGUGAUGAAGGGAGCUCCAGAGAGGAUCCUGGACCGUUGCUCGACCAUCCUGCUUCAGGGUGUCGAGCAGCCAUUGGAUGAGGAGCUGAAGGAAGCCUUCCAGAACGCCUACCUGGAACUGGGUGGUCUGGGAGAGAGAGUGCUCGGUUUCUGCCAUUACAACCUGCCCGACGAUCAGUUCCCUGAAGACUUCACCUUUGACACAGAGGAGGUGAACUUCCCCACCGAGAACUUGUGCUUCGUUGGCCUCAUGUCCAUGAUUGACCCUCCCCGUGCCGCUGUGCCCGAUGCUGUCGGCAAAUGCAGGAGUGCCGGUAUCAAGGUCAUCAUGGUGACUGGUGAUCACCCAAUCACUGCCAAGGCCAUUGCCAAGGGUGUGGGCAUCAUCUCUGAGGGAAAUGAGACCGUGGAGGAUAUUGCAGCUCGCCUCAACAUCCCCAUUACCGAAGUCAACCCAAGAGAUGCCAAGGCCUGCGUGGUGCACGGCUCUGAGCUGAAGGACAUGACGGCGGAGCAGUUGGACGACAUCCUCAAGUACCACACUGAGAUUGUGUUUGCCAGAACAUCUCCACAGCAGAAGCUCAUCAUCGUAGAAGGCUGCCAGAGACAGGGUGCCAUUGUGGCUGUGACAGGAGAUGGUGUGAACGACUCCCCUGCCCUGAAGAAGGCUGACAUCGGUGUUGCCAUGGGUAUCGCCGGCUCUGACGUCUCCAAGCAGGCUGCUGACAUGAUCCUUCUGGAUGACAACUUUGCCUCCAUCGUCACAGGAGUCGAGGAAGGUCGCCUGAUUUUCGACAACUUGAAGAAGUCCAUUGCCUACACUCUGACCAGUAACAUCCCCGAAAUUACACCCUUCCUCUUUUUCAUUAUCGCCAACAUCCCCCUGCCCCUGGGCACAGUCACCAUCCUGUGUAUCGACCUGGGAACUGACAUGGUUCCCGCCAUCUCCCUGGCUUACGAAAUGGCAGAGAGUGACAUCAUGAAGAGACAGCCCAGAAAUCCCAAGACAGACAAACUAGUAAAUGAAAGACUAAUUAGCAUGGCCUAUGGGCAGAUUGGAAUGAUCCAGGCCCUGGCAGGCUUCUUCACAUACUUUGUCAUUUUGGCCGAAAACGGCUUCCUGCCCUCAAGACUAUUGGGCAUCAGAGUCGACUGGGAUGACAAGAGCUGCAACGAUCUGGAGGAUAGUUACGGGCAGCAGUGGACCUACGAACAGAGGAAGAUUGUGGAGUUUACAUGCCACACGGCCUUCUUUGCCAGUAUUGUGGUUGUGCAGUGGGCUGAUGUGAUUAUCUGCAAGACCAGAAGGAACUCGGUCUUCCAGCAAGGAAUGAAGAACAAAAUCCUCAUCUUUGGCCUGUUUGAAGAGACAGCCCUGGCUGCCUUCCUGUCAUACUGUCCUGGCAUGGACGUCGCACUCAGAAUGUACCCACUCAAACCAAACUGGUGGUUCUGCGCCUUCCCUUACUCCCUCAUCAUCUUUAUUUAUGAUGAAAUCCGUAAGCUAAUCCUGCGCCGCAGCCCAGGAGGUUGGGUGGAGAGAGAGACCUACUACUAGAGAGUCCUGUCUGCAUCACUUGGUUAUGACUUUGCAUGGUUGUCUUGCUGCUUGGAAAAAAAAGAAAAUUUUACAUUUGGAUAGAAUGCUCGAUGCAAACACUGAAAUCCUGAACCAAGACAUUGUGUGCCUUGUUUCUGAAGUCGGACCAAUUUUAUACAUGUUUUUAGAAGUGACAAAAUAAAACUCAAGUCAGGUCUCUUUA